UUGAUAUGAUGGGAUUACCGAGACCGAGUCACCCCCAGCGACACGUUGCCAAAUUCGCCAGAAUGAAGGUUUGAGGCUUACCGGGUGGUGAUCUCCUGAAAUUGCUCAGUGAGCACCCCUAAUUCUGCUGAUUUAUUGCUGCUAAUCAUUCACAAUGGAAACCAAUCAAAAAUCCGGGGAUGGACUGGCGGGCUCCCAGAAAGAGGUCGCAUUGCGCGCCCUUAUCCAACGCACGGGAUACCAGUUGCACCAGGAGAAUGGGCAGAGGCGGUACGGCGGCCCCCCGCCUGGCUGGGAGGGCCCCCCUCCGGAGAGAGGCAGCGAGAUCUUCGUGGGGAAGCUGCCUCGCGACCUCUUUGAAGACGAGCUGGUGCCACUCUGUGAGAAGUUUGGUAAGAUCUAUGAGGUACGGAUGAUGAUGGACUUCAAUGGCAACAACAGAGGCUAUGCAUUUGUCACAUUCUACACAAAGACAGAGGCCAAGAAUGCCAUGAAGCACCUCAACAACUACGAGAUCAGGAAUGGCCGGCUGUUGGGGGUGUGCGCCAGCGUGGACAACUGCCGUCUGUUUGUGGGCGGCAUCCCCAAGACCAAGAGGAAGGAGGAGAUCCUGGCGGAGAUGAAGAAGGUGACGGACGGGGUAGUGGACGUCAUCGUCUACCCCAGCGCCGCCGACAAGACCAAGAACCGCGGCUUCGCCUUCGUGGAGUACGAGAGCCACCGCGCCGCCGCCAUGGCCCGCCGCAAACUCCUGCCAGGCCGUAUCCAGCUGUGGGGUCACGCCAUCGCGGUGGACUGGGCGGAGCCGGAGGUGGAGGUGGACGAGGACACCAUGGCGACGGUGAAGAUCCUGUACGUGAGGAACCUGAUGCUGGCCACCACCGAGGAGACCAUCGAGAAGGAGAUUAGCAGCAUCAAGCCAGGUGCUGUGGAGCGAGUAAAGAAGAUCAGGGACUAUGCUUUUGUUCACUUUGGCCAAAGAGAGGAUGCCAUCAGCGCUAUGAAUGCUCUUAAUGGAAAGAUUGUGGACGGCUCUCCCAUCGAAGUCACCCUGGCCAAGCCGGUGGAUAAGGACAGCUACGUGCGCUACACGCGGGGCACGGGGGGGCGCGGGGCGGCUCUGCUGCAGGGGGAGUACGCCUACACCCUGGGCCAGGUCUACGACCCCUCGGCGGCCUACCUGGGCGCGCCCGUCUUCUACGCCCCCCAUGCAUACGCCGCCAUCCCCAAUCAGUUCCGCUUCCCCAGCACCAAGGGACACGUCGGGGGCCGCGGCCUGGUGCGGACUCCUUCUGUCAGAGACAUUUACAUGAGUAUGCCUGUAGGGGCGGCGGGCGUGCGCGGGCUGGGGGGUCGGGGUUACCUGGCGUACGCCGGGGUGGGGCGCGGCGCCGUCUCCGCCUACCCGCAGCUGAAGCACGACAAGCGGCCCGAGGACAAGCUGUACGACCUGCUGCCGGGCAUGGAGCUCACGCCCAUGAGCGCCGUGGGACUCAAGCCGCAAGCCAUCAAACACGCACCGCAGGUGCUGGACGAUAUCUGCCAGAAGAAUAACUGGGGCCAGCCCGUCUACACGCUGCACUCUGCCAUCGGGCCCGACCAGAGGCAGCUCUUCCUCUACAAGGUCACCAUCCCUGCCCUGGCCACACAGUACCCCAACAUCCACCCUUUCACCCCAGCCAAGCUGUGCGCGGCCGUGGACGAGGCAAAAAUCCAUGCUGCCGAGCACACGCUGCAGACCCUGGGCCUACAGACAGAGGGCGCCGAAGCCUCAGCUGCUGCUGCUGCCGCCGCUGCUGCUGCUGCCGCUGCCGCUUUUCCAGGCUACACGAUAGCCACCACCUCUGCCGCCUCGGUGGCGGCGUCACAGCUGAAGCAGGCAGUCACCCUGGGCCAGGACCUGGCGGCCUACGCCACCUACGAGGGCUACCCGGCAUUCGCAGUGGCCACGCGAGGAGACGGCUACGGAGUCUUCUAAAUUCCGUCCGUCUCCAUGACGACAAGGAAGGACGCAUUUGGCAACCCACCAUUUCCCCGGAUACGGAACACGGAAAACAUCUCUGUUGUGAUUGAUGUGUGACUAUUGUUUUUUUUUAUGUUUUGAUUGCGACAAUUCAGUUUAAUUAGCUGUACUUGUAACAUUAGCCAAUGUUUUUUGGAAUAUGACUUAAUGAAUCGAUUGACCUUAUAAGUGUAGUGUAGUAGUAGUAGUUAUACGUGUCAUCCUUUAGUGUUAGCCUGUAAACGUUGUGAGAGCCUAAAGGUUGUUUACAGGUUGUACCCAUCAUGCUGUUUUAUAUUUCAUUUGCUUUUUAAGGCCUUCAGGAGUAUACUAUCACAGGCCUCUCUCUCUCUUUCUCUUCUCUCUCUCCCCCCCUCAUUUAUUACCCUAAGCACACAUUUAAAGACCACCCUUGUUGGAAAAAUGCAUCAUGUGUCAUGUUGUUGUUUUUAAGAACCUUUUUUUUGUCUGUAUUAGAGAAGCCAGUAUGUUGACAUGUUCUUUCUAUUUUUUUUUUUGCCAUGCCAUAUUUGAUGUGUGGGGAUUUGGUAUGUAUGUUGGUGUGGGGGAGUGGACGUUGUAGUAUGUGAAGAAACAUGGAUGUGGUAUGAAAAGCUUGCAUUUCUUUCAGGGAAAACCACAGCUGCCUAAAGUGUAAUGUCAGAAGGAAGUGUUGUUUUAGAAUGAUGGUGUGUAGGUAGGUCUUGUACGAGGUCCAUCAAUGUUUAGAGAAGAUUUUUAGAUGUAUGGUGUCCAAACAGACAAUGUGUGAGAGACAUAUUUAGCAAUCAUGGCAGUUUUGUGAUAUAUUUAGCUGCUAACAAUAGGCUCCGUGAGUUUGUGAGUAGGGCUUUAGGUGCUUUGGAUCAUGUAUGCUGAAAAAAGGGGUGUUUUUUUUGUUUCUCUUCUCAUUUUUAUUGGUCCAGGAUUUUACGAACAUAAACAUAGCAAUGAUGGACUUUUUAAAGUCGUUUUUUUUUUGUCUCAUUGAGCCAACUGUUGUUAUUUCACUUAACAUCUUCAGUAUAUAUAUAAAAAAAUAGAAAACAGAAGAUGGAUUGUGUGUUCAGUAAAAAUGUUUCAGAGCCGUUAACAAGCAUCGUAAUAAGUAAGCACCUGCAUCAAGUGCCUUUUGUCUGAGUUGACUUUUUUUUUUAAAGGAACACUGCAUCCCUCGUGUCAUGCAGAGAUACCAAAGUGGUAACAGUAUUAAAAAAGUGUGUGUGUAGCACUUACCGUUUUCGUUUUUUUUUUUUUUAUACCAGGUGUCCAACAUUAUUUGUCUUAAGAAAGACUUUUCCUUGCCUGAUUCACACAGAAUUAAGUGUCCUUUAUUGUAAUUCGUUAUGGGAGAAAAGAAGCAGGAAAAAAUCAACAGCAUGGUUCUGAGGGAUGCAAAAUUGAAAUCGAGACAAAAAUUUAAAAAAAUGUUUAAUGCCAUUGUGCCUUGAUAGCAGUGGGUUUAUGUAAUUCCAAUGUCAUUUUCUGCAAUAAAACAAUCUUUAUUCAAUCAAAAA